UUCUUCUCUCCCCACUGUUCUUCUGUUCUCUCCCACCUGCUCUCUACCUCCUGCUCUGCCCCAACUUUCUCUCUUCUGCUACCGGCAACCCUGUGUGCAGAGCCGAGCAUGGACUGUAGCUGUGUGUCUGACAUCCUCCUGACUCCCUCAGUGCCGGCUCUCUGGACUCCAGGGUUUGCCUUUCCCGACUGGGCCUACAAACCGGAGUCAAGCCCCGGGUCCAGACAGAUCCAGCUGUGGCAUUUCAUUCUAGAACUUCUUCAGAAAGAAGAAUAUCACGAUUUCAUUGCCUGGCAGGGAGACUAUGGAGAGUUUGUCAUCAAAGAUCCCGAUGAGGUGGCGCGGCUUUGGGGAAUAAGGAAAUGCAAACCUCACAUGAACUACGACAAGCUGAGCCGGGCAUUAAGGUAUUAUUAUAACAAGAGGAUUCUGCACAAGACUAAAGGCAAACGAUUCACCUACAAAUUUAACUUCAGUAAAGUCGUGUUGGUGAAUUACCCACUGUUGGAUAUGGCCAAUUCCUCCCUUCUGUUGGGGCAGAACCCAUUCCCAGGGGCCCACCCUCAUGAUCCCUUUUCUCCAGAGGCUUUGCAGUCUCUCUUCUCCUCUACAAGUCGGGCUCCACUCCUAGAUCGCCCUAUCACUGCCCCAGACACAGAGAAAUUACGCUUAGAGACGACCUUCCCAUUCCUGGGCUCAGGUUCUGCGUAUACCAAGCCCCCAGCGUUGCUGCCACCCUACAACAGAAAUUCUCCUUUUCCUGACUACUCAUGGGGGUUUAACCCCUACCUCUCAAGCAGCUUUCCCCUCAGUGGCUCCAAGUUGCCCACCUCCCUGUAUCCACCACAGUUCUACCCCACCUCACUAUCCCAACUGCCCCCACCUCUGUCUCUCUUGCCUGGGGAGCCUAUGGACAGGUCUAAUAGCUUACUCCAAGGCAUACCCCAAAGGCUCUGCACUAGCCUUAACCCACACAUUGUGCCCCCAAGAGGAGGGGCAGAUCUAAGCAGCAUUGUGGCAUCAGCAAGGAGGGAGAGGGCCGAGCAACCAGAAGGAAAGCAGGAGCCCGAAUCAGAUUCAGACCUUGAAAUUACGGACGUGAGCGACUGCAGCUCAGAGGCAGAAGGGUGUGUGUACAGUCCCCCCUGCCCCGUACCCCCCAUGGGCACCGGCCAAACAGGAGAAGAACGACCCAAAGCAGAUGCCAAGCUUUCUCUGGAAAAAGUCACCGCUCCCACCAGCUAG